UUUUUUUUUUUUGUUGUUGUCUACUACACACUUCUUCCUCAAAAAAAGCAUACCCUUGCAUCUUCUUCUUCUUCUCUCUCUCUCUCUCUCUUUCCUGUACCAUCUUUUUCCUUCUCUUUUCAUCUUGCAUUUGUUUUCUUUCUUUUCGUUACAUUACCAAAUCACAUCCUAUCAUGCCAGUUCCUAUCGAAUACAACAACUCUGUCCGUCGUAUGAGCACCAUCACGGUCCCCAACCAAGACAUUAGCUUUGACACAUACGAUUUCCAGCUCUGCGCUCCGCAAAAGGAUGUCAAGGACGCCUUUGAGUCGCGUGAACUGGAGGCUGCAUACUGCCGUGAUUUCUCAUGCUGCGGGCUGGUCCUCUCAGAUCUCCACGAUCUGCUGCAGCACUAUGAGGAAUGCCAUGUGCGUCUCGAGGAAGAAGACGAAGACGAUGCCAGCUUCUGGUCUCCUACCCCUCCAUCAUUAUCUUCUUCAUCUUCUCCAUCCGCCUCGCCUUCCCCUUGUACCGCUCCCAGCUCGCCUACGCUGGACGAUGCCGAAAGCUGUGAUGCCCUUAAAAAGAAGGCUGCCGCCUAUCUUUCCGACUUGUACAACAGUGCCACUCUGUCGCCCUUGUCGCUCACCUCGCCCAUCAAGGAAGAAGAUGGUUUGGAACUAGCAACAACAACAACAACAACAGGUCCCCUUACUCCUACAGAUUCUGUUGUCGAAGAACCUUUGAGCUAUUACAGCUGUAACGAAUCAUCAUCAUCACAAUCAUCAUCAUCAUCCUCCUCCUCCUCUUUGCCAAAAAAAUUGACCAUCAACACCGACAUCACCACCGCAUCACCAUCAUCACCAUCAUCCUCAUCAUUAAAUACGUUGACAGCUGGAAAGAAGCGCUCGUACCAGCAGUUUAGCAGCUUGCCGAGCGCCUUGGACUUAUUGACCCAGAGUGCCGCCAAGAAGCUGGCAUUGGCAACGGGUGAGCUGCCCACGCCAAUGUUGACCGAUGAGGAUUUCCUUGCUCAAGCAGGCGCUUUGCUUGCUUCUGCCAACACCAAUGCAAACGCCGACAAGCCGUACAAGUGCAAUGUGCCGGGCUGUCAAAAGGCAUACAAGAACCCGAACGGCUUAAAGUAUCACAACCAGCAUGGCCACUGCGACUUGGUGUCGGAUGAAAGUGAAAACAUUGCUUCCAAGCCGUACCAGUGCACCAUUGGCGACUGCGGCAAGCGCUACAAGAACUUGAAUGGCUUGAAAUACCACAUUGAGCAUUCUCACAUGGCUGCCUUGAAUCACACCUUGGCCAGCUUUGGUUCGUCCUUGUUUUCACCUGCCUUUGCUGCUCAAUUCGCCUCUGUGCUUACAUCUGCUUCUAAUACUAAUAACACUACCACUACUACCACUACCACCACCACUACUCCCGCUAAUGCUACUACAACCCCUCCACCAUCAACCUCUUGUACGCCUGAUGUCUCCCCUCAAGCUUCUCCUGUUAUGUCCGCGGCAACACUCGCCAGCUUCUUCUAAAUCUGUUUGUUUAUUUUGUAUCUAUAUAUCCAUCCCCCUCUUCUAUCUUCCGUAUAUUGCAUAGUCCUCCACCACCACCAUCAUCUCUCUCUCUCUCUCUCUCUCUCCUUCCAAAAAGUUUGUUUGAUUUUUGCUUUCUAUCUAUUUCCAGAACAAAAACCAAAAAAAAAAAAAGUGACUUGUAUGUUUAUAUAUAAUGAUAAUAAAAAAGUAGUUCUAUUUUCUCUUA